UCAACAGGGACACAGGGCAGCAGUUUGCAGUGAAGAUCGUAGAUGUUGCCAGUUUCACCUCCAGCCCUGGCCUCAGCACAGAGGAUCUGAAGAGAGAGGCCAGUAUCUGUCACAUGCUGAAGCACCCUCACAUCGUAGAGCUACUAGAAACCUACAGCUCAGAUGGCAUGCUCUACAUGGUCUUUGAGUUUAUGGAUACAGCUGACCUGUGUUUUGAGACUGUGAAGCGGGCAGAUGCUGGUUUUGUCUACAGUGAAGCUGUAGCCAGUCACUACAUGAGACAGAUCUUGGAGGCGCUGCGGUAUUGCCAUGACAACAACGUGAUUCACCGUGACGUGAAGCCUCACUGUGUCCUGCUGGCCUCUAAGGAGAACUCAGCUCCUGUCAAGCUGGGGGGGUUUGGAGUGGCCAUACAACUAGGAGAAUCAGGCCUGGUGGCAGGAGGUCGAGUAGGCACGCCCCACUUCAUGGCCCCAGAGGUGGUGAAGAGAGAGCCGUAUGGGAAGCCUGUCGACGUGUGGGGCUGUGGAGUCAUCCUGUUCAUCCUGCUGUCUGGCUGCCUGCCCUUCUACGGUACCAAGGAACGCCUGUUUGAGGCGAUCAUUAAGGGGAAAUAUAAGGUAAUGAACCCACGCCAGUGGAGCCACAUCUCAGAGAGUGCCAAGGACCUGGUGCGUCGGAUGCUGAUGCUGGACCCCGCAGAGAGGAUCACUGUCUACGAAGCCCUCAACCACCCCUGGCUUAAGGAGAGGGACAGGUAUGCCUACAAGAUCCACCUGCCAGAGACGGUGGAGCAGCUGAGGAAGUUUAAUGCAAGGAGGAAGCUCAAGGGGGCAGUGUUGGCUGCUGUCUCCAGCCACAAGUUUAACUCCUUCUACGGAGACCCACCAGAGGAGAUGCCUGACUUCUCUGAAGACCCCACCUCCUCAGGACUGCUAGCCGCUGAAAGGGCAGUAUCCCAGGUGCUGGACAGCCUGGAGGAGAUUCAUGCUCUGACCGACUGCAGUGAGAAAGAUCUGGACUUCUUACACAGCGUCUUCCAGGACCAACACCUACACACACUGCUGGACCUCUAUGACCAGAUCAACACCAGGUCGUCUCCUCAGAUCAGGAACCCUCCCAGUGAUGGAGUACAGAGAGCCAAAGAGGUACUGGAGACAAUCUCCUGUUACCCUGACAACAUGGAGGCCAAGGAACUCCGGAGGAUCCUCACACAGCCACACUUCAUGGCCUUGCUCCAGACCCAUGACGUGGUGGCCCAUGAGGUGUACAGUGACGAGGCUCUGAGGGUGACCCCCCCGCCCACCUCACCCUACCUGAACGGAGACUCUCCUGAGAGCACCAACGGGGACAUGGACCUGGAGAACGUGACUCGAGUACGCCUGGUUCAGUUCCAGAAGAACACUGACGAACCUAUGGGCAUCACUCUGAAGAUGAACGAUCUGAACCACUGCAUCGUGGCCCGUAUCAUGCACGGAGGAAUGAUCCACAGACAAGGUACGCUGCAUGUCGGCGAUGAGAUCAGAGAGAUCAACGGGAUCAGCGUUGCCAAUCAGACCGUAGAACAGCUCCAGAAGAUGCUGAGGGAAAUGCGAGGGAGUGUUACCUUUAAGAUCGUACCCAGCUACCGGUCACAGUCCAUGUCUUGCGAGGUAUGGACCGAUUCUCUUGUGUCUCUAGAAAAUCAGAAAGAGUCCCCCGACCUAUCCAGACAGUCGCCAGCGAACGGCCAUGCUAGUGUCACUAGCUCCAUCCUGGAUCUGCCCUCUACCAUCCAGCCUAAAGGACGACAGAUCUCCAGACCUGUCAUCAAGGACAAAAUGUCCAUCAAGAUCUACGUGCGUGCCCAGUUUGAGUACGACCCCGCCAAGGAUGACCUCAUUCCCUGUAAGGAGGCCGGGAUCCGCUUCCGGGUGGGUGACAUCAUCCAGAUCAUCAGUAAGGACGACCACAACUGGUGGCAGGGCAAGCUGGAGAACACUAAGAACGGAACCGCAGGGCUCAUACCGUCACCAGAACUACAAGAGUGGCGUGUGGCGUGUAUAGCCAUGGAGAAGACUAAGCAGGAGCAGCAGGCCAGCUGUACCUGGUUUGGCAAGAAGAAGAAACAGUACAAAGACAAGUACCUGGCCAAGCACAACGCAGUGUUUGACCAACUAGACCUGGUCACGUAUGAAGAGGUGGUCAAACUGCCUGCAUUCAAGAGGAAAACGCUUGUUUUGUUGGGGGCCCAUGGAGUUGGCAGGAGGCACAUCAAGAACACGCUCAUCACGAAGCACCCAGACCGAUUUGCCUACCCCAUUCCUCACACAACCAGACCUCCAAAGAAGGACGAGGAGAAUGGGAAGAACUACUACUUUGUGACACAUGACCAGAUGAUGCAGGACAUCAGUAACAAUGACUACCUGGAGUACGGUAGUCACGAGGACGCCAUGUACGGCACGCGGCUAGAGACCAUCCGCCAGAUCCACCAGCAGGGUAUGAUCUCCAUACUGGACGUGGAACCACAGUCAUCUCUUGUUUCUCUUCAGGCACUCAAGGUGUUGAGGACGGCUGAGUUUGCCCCUUACGUUGUGUUCAUCGCAGCUCCCACCAUCACCCCUGGAAUGAACGAGGAUGACUCCCUCCAGCGGCUGCAGAAGGAGUCCGAGGGCCUCCAGAAGACCUACGCCCAUUACUUCGACCAGACCGUCAUCAACAAUGAGAUCGACGACACCAUCCGUCUGCUGGAGGAGGCUGUGAACCUGGUGUGUACCACCGCUCAGUGGGUUCCUGUGUCCUGGGUUUAUUAACCCCUGAACCCAGACCAACACCAAACUCUGACUGUCGUCCCCCAUUCCCCAACAAACCCCGGUUUUCUUUUACAAUGCAUCUCUGUGGAACAUCUCUGUGGAAACCGUGUGGAUGAAGGAAAAAAUGAAUGAAAAAGGACCUCUGAAACCUCAGUCAGUCCUCCUGAAGAAAAACAGUGACUUCUGUCGUCUUCCUCUCCACUCCUUACCGACUGCCUCAAAGGCACAUGUUAUGUGUGUAUACAUAUACAUAUAUAUAUAUAUAUAUAUAUAUAUAUAUAUUAUAGAAAAUAAUGAAUAUGGUCCUGUUCUUAGAGUUGAAGGUGGGGAUGGAGGGGGGGCAUUUUCUACCUUAUUUCUUUUUGUAUCGUUACAGCGAUAGCUGUCUGAGGCGAGAUAGUGAGAAGGACAGAUGUGACACACGGUGAUGGGUGUUUGUUGCUGUUUACCUUGUAUAAGGCAUUUCCUAUGGUCGUCAGUCGGAAGCUUGCCGUGUGACCCCCUGACCCCUUACUCCUAUUGGCCGCCUCAUACUCUUCGUGCUCCGCCCCUCAGAGACAGCGGAGGUCUCGCACAGUCGCCGCCGCCACAGUGACACCACGUCCUAUUGGGCGGAUAGAAAAGCACAGUGAACACCCCUCCUAUCCCUUUUAUUUAUUUCAUAGGUCCCUGUAUCUGUCAAUCAAAUCGUUGAAUGAGCACCCCCCCCCCCCCCCCUGAACUCUCUUCAUUCCCUACACACCCUGUUUGUUUACAUCUCAGUUUGCACAAUGGAGAGAACAGGUGCUCUCUCCCCUCUGUUUCUUUCUCUCUCUCUUUCUCUCUGUAAAGCGAUGAUUCUCCUCGGUCAGAGCGUGUGCUUGGUCAUCGCCAAAGCACGGGUGUCCAAGCCAGAGGGCAUCCCUCUUAUCUGGACGGACGGACAGGAGGAGGGAAGAAAACAACAUAAUCCAACACGGUCACCCUGCAUGCGGCUGGGGCAGAAGACUCUGACUCCUAUGCACACCCCCCAGUCCUGCAGGCCCAUAAGAGUGAGCCGUGUAUGGGGCAGAAGACUCUGACUCCUAUGCACACCCCCCAGUCCUGCAGGCCCAUAAGACUGAGCCGUGUAUGGGGCAGAAGACUCUGACUCCUAUGCACACCCCCCAGUCCUGCAGGCCCAUAAGAGUGAGCCGUGUAUGGGGCAGAAGACUCUGACUCCUAUGCACACCCCCCAGUCCUGCAGGCCCAUAAGACUGAGCCGUGUAUGGGGCAGAAGACUCUGACUCCUAUGCACACCCCCCAGUCCUGCAGGCCCAUAAGACUGAGCCGUGUAUGGGGCAGAAGACUCUGACUCCUAUGCACACCCCCAGUCCUGCAGGCCCAUAAGAGUGAGCCGUGUAUGGGGCAGAAGACUCUGACUCCUAUGCACACCCCCAGUCCUGCAGGCCCAUAAGAGUGAGCCGUGUAUGGGGCAGAAGACUCUGACUCCUAUGCACACCCCCCAGUCCUGCAGGCCCAUAAGAGUGAGCCGUGUAUGUAAAUUGUCCCUAUUUGAUAUGUUGUGGGAAUGGGAGGGGAUACGGAGUGGGACGUCCACUCCUAUAGGUCUGCCAUUUCAGAACUGUGUCGUCUUAAAAGAGUAUUACUGUUUUAAGUUCAAUGGAAGGAGAUGCAUUUUUAUGGUGUGUAAAUGUUUCAGUGGUUCGUAAGUCAUAAGAGUGAUACCAAGAGCCAGUGUGUGUAUAAUAAUAAUAAUACUAAAAGAGCUCAUUGUGACAAACUCUUUAUAACACUUUACUUGCGGUGACAUGACAUAGCGCCUUAUGAGCACUGUUGUAAAAAGGGCGUAGUGCCUGUCUUGAACUGUUGUAGCAUAAAAAAAGAAAGUGCUUUGUCAUGCUUCUGACAGUGUGUUAUGUCUCUCUGCCUGGAGUAAAGUGUUACCAUUUAAAGUCCUGUGUAAAGUUCCCUCUGCAAAUGACAAGCAGCUCUUCGGUAUGAAAUGUUAUUUUUCUUUUCUGUUUUGUAAAAAAUAUAUUUCAUUUUAAGUGUUGACAAAGUAAACUGCCUUUGGGUUCUGUUUAAUAUAAGUUCCUACAGUC